GGCGGGUUUUGGCGGGCAGGCCCGCCUCUGCGCUGAGCUCACGCGCCGCCGGCUCCGUCCCACGCGCGCUGCUCCCGGGCGCCCAGGCGAUAACGGCGCCGUGGGCCGGAGAUGCCCGCCUUGCUUUGCCUGCCGUUGCUGCUGCAGCCGCCGUAGGGCGAGGGCAGAUCAGAAUCCACAUGCUACGUUUUCAGAAGCGCUGAAUGAAUAUGGAUAUUUACACGUAUGUCAGCACAAAGAAUCUCUCUUCUUCAGCCAAUAUGUCCAAUCUGCUUUCAGGCAGAUUUGGGUACCAGCUGAACUUUACCAGCAAUUCUCCUUCUAUGUCAAUAAGUAAGCUUUUCCCAGCCUUGUUACAAUGCUUUGGCAUAAUCCUUUGUGGAUAUAUAGCUGGAAGAGUUAACAUAAUCACAUCAACUCAGGCCAAAGGACUCGGAAACUUUGUCUCCUGUUUUGCACUCCCAGCUUUAUUGUUCAAAAACAUGGUUGUACUGAAUUUUUCCAACGUGAAUUGGUCCUUUUUAUACAGCAUCCUUGUUGCCAAAGCAUCAGUGUUCUUCUUGGUCUGCAUUUUAACACUGUUGAUAGCUACUCCUGAGAGGCGGUUUAGCAGAGCUGGACUGUUUCCUAUUUUUGCUACUCAGAGCAAUGACUUUGCACUGGGCUAUCCUAUAGUUGAAGCUUUAUAUCAAACCACAUAUCCAGAGUAUCUCCAGUACAUUUACCUGGUUGCACCAAUAUCUCUUAUGAUGCUAAAUCCCUUAGGAUUUAUCUUCUGUGAAAUCCAGAAAUCGCGAGACAAUCAAAGUCUCUCUCACAGCAAAAUCAAGAUUGUGGGACUUGGGCUUCUUCGAGUGCUGCAGAACCCAAUUGUGUUCAUGGUCUUCAUAGGAAUUGGCUCAAACUUCAUUCUUAAGCAAAAAAUCCCCGAAUAUUUGGAAAACUUCUUUGAUGGACUUGGCAGCUCGUUUUCUGGCUCAGCACUCUUUUAUCUGGGCCUCACAAUGGUGGGCCAAAUAAAGAAGCUGACGAAGGGUACAUUUGUUGCACUGAUUCUUCUCAUCACAGCUAAACUGCUGUUGAUGCCGCUUCUAUGCAGGGAGAUGGUGGAACUGUUCGACAAGAGUGACAGCCUGGUCAACCACACCAGUUUAUCAAACUAUGCAUUUCUGUAUGGCGUCUUUCCAUCAGCUCCUGGUGUAGCUAUAUUUGCAACUCAGUUCAACAUGGAGGUUGAAAUUAUAACGUCUGGUAUGGUGAUCAGCACUUUUGUCUCCGCCCCCAUCAUGUAUGUUUCUGCCUGGCUGUUAACCAUCCCGUCUAUGGAUCCCACUAGACUGGCAUCUGCAAUCCAAAACGUUAGCUUUGAUAUUAGUAUUGUCAGUCUUGUCUCUUUGAUCUGGUCCCUUGGUGUUAUUCUUCUAAGUAAAAAAUACAAGCAGCUUCCUCACAUGCUUACAACUAACUUACUCAUUGCUCAGUUUGUAGCCUGUGUUGGAAUGGUAAUGUGGAAUUUCACUAUUAAAGAGAGAAGCAUCACUCUGCAAAUCCUUGUGUUCAUCUUCCUGUACAGUGCGCUUUACAGUGCUUUUUUGUGGACAGGUUUCUUAUCUUUCUCUCUGCUGCUUUUGAAAAGAAGAGAAGCCAUAAAGAUCCCUGUCGGAUUUAUCAUUAUAGCUGGCUGGGGCAUCCCAGCGGUUCUUGUGGGAAUCCUGUUAAUCUCUGGUGAACGCUCGGAUAACAUCAUUGAUUCUGCAUUCUUUUAUGGAAAAGAUCAGAUGAUUAUCACAGCAGUAAUCGUAUCCAUCAGCAUAUUGAUAUCGGGUGUAUCACUCAUGUGUAUGAACAGAUCUGGAAUGGAAGCCAGCUAUGAGGUGUUGACCCAAGAUUCCCAACACAGUCAAACAGAGGAAACAGAAAGGGAAUUUAACGAGCGCAGUAGAUCUCCAGACAGUUCUUCUCGUUCGUUGGUGGACCCUUCAAUGGAAAGAGGGUGCUGUGAGUGCCAAAAGCCGAAUAGAAGGUUAUGCUGUUCUGAAGGAGAGCCAGGAUCCAGUCGUAGCAGCGCCCGCGAUAACUGCACCACAUCGAUUGAGACAGCGAAUCGGUGCUUAAGUCCAUGCAGUUCUCAGAGCUGUGCCUUGGUCCAGGAAGAGCAGCUUCUGCAAACUGGAGACAAGCAGCUGGCUAGACAUGUGCUGCUGUGCUUGCUUCUCAUUGUGGGCCUCUUUGCUAAUUUAUCCAGCUGUUUGUGGUGGUUGUUCAACCAAGAACCUGGAAGACUCUAUGUGGAGCUACAAUUCUUUUGCGCUGUAUUUAAUUUUGGUCAGGGAUUCAUUUCUUUUGGAAUUUUUGGUUUAGACAAACAUCUUAUUAUUCUUCCAUUCAAACGGAGGUUUGAAUUCCUCUGGGGAAACAGGACAUCGGAGCGCAGGGAAUCCACUGUACCCGAGGAAAUCCGGAUGACGUGCCAACAGUUUGUUAAUUACCACAAAGAGAUGUGUGUCAGGAGCAUUGUCCAAGACAGAAGGUGUGGCACAAAGACUGUGGCCGGGGUCUUCUGUGGCUGUGACCUGGUGAACUGGCUCGUGGAAGUUGGCCUUGCCUUAGACCGUGGGGGAGCUGUGGUGUAUGGAGAAAGACUGGUGAAAGGAGGCAUCAUCCAGCACAUUGCCGAUGAAUUUGAGUUCCGGGACGAGCAGUUGUACUAUCGCUUUGUGCCUAGGAGAUGUGUGGCAGUAGAAAGCCAUGGAAAUGAGGAUGCACUUUGAAGCUAGCCAAAAAAGAGUUGCCUCAACUCUUUCCUGACCCCUAGUUCUCACGCUCUUCUGUGAUGUUCUCUUAGUGAUAUGGUUCUCCUUGUGUCCUACCCAAAGAGAAUUAACGUCUCAUGUGUUGAAUACUGACUAAUGAGUCAUUUCAGGGAAUUAUUUAAAAUAUUUUUGAUUUUUGACCUAUGAACCGCUUCCCAAUAGUUUCCUUGCCUGUGCAAACAGUACUCUGCAAAAGUCUGUACUUGAGGAAAGUGUUGUGUUCUCCAGUUUAAUUCUGUUUUUGAAUUGUGAUGCACUGGCAAAACAGCAAGGGAUAGUUACUCAACACAUUUUGGCCAGUCUGUUACUCCCUUUUGAACAUUAAAUCCUCUGUUUGUGCUGACAUAAAUGAGACUGUGAAGAUUGUUGUGGUGUCUGAGGAUUAGAAUUGGGAAAUAGCAGAUUUUUGCCAUUAGCAGUUCUUGGGUGAACAAGCCGAUCAUUUUAAAGAAUGAAAAGGUAGACUGCAAUCCUGUGUGCCAUCAAGCUGCUCAAAUUCAAUUGAAAUCAGUGGGAUUUUAAGGCAGCCUCUGUGCAGCACUUGCAGCCUAAGCAUGAUUUGUUUUCCUAGCCUCAUAAAUUGCUCUGAAACAAGAGGUUGGCUUAUAACUUCUGAACAUUGAGCCAUUUGUUUUUAACAAACCUUAAAGUAAUAAACAGAUUCUGAUGUCUGUGAGGUUGUGGUUAUUUUGCACUUCUAAAUUAGACCAAUAGCCUAUAAAGACCAAAUACUUGAAUUAGAUUUGGGUACUACUUUCAAUAUGCAACUUAAAUGAGUUAUUUAAGUUUGUUGGAUAACCUUGUAAUACUGAUUUGAAGGACUCUCUCGUCUUCACAAGGCCCCUUAAUGGGUGAUGCUCACUUAAAUGCCAAUAAACCCUCUCAUUAGUUUCUCUCUUUUUUAUGGUUGUCUACAUAAAGUAACACUGUAUUUUAAAUAAUGCCCUUUAUUUUUUAAGUAGAUACUAGAGUGGUCAUUUUAUCGACCAUUUUAUAUAAACUUAAUUCACUGGAAGGAACAAUUUGCCAUGUGACUUUUGUUUCUUCACCUACAGUCAUGAGAUCUGUUAUGUUGCCUAACCCUUUUUUGCCAGAUGAGUGAUGUGUGUGCUUUAUUUUUAUAGAGGUAUGGAUCGAAAGAGUAUUCUUGGACUUGUGGCCGUUCGCCUCUGAUAGUAGGGAGUCGGGGCUAGCAGCCUAGUCAACAUUUCAGUAGCCACAACUGCAUGAAUAUGCAUGCAAAAUGUACGAAUAAACCACUUCCUUUUGCUGUCAAACGUGUAAUCUAUUUUAUGUCAACCUUACACAUGAACUGACAGGCCUGUUUGUAUAUGUUACAGAAGAAACACUAUCUUCCACAAUGUAGAAAACUGUGUUUGGUAUAAAGUAUGGUUUUAAUCUGAUCUGCCGCUGAAACGACAGGAAUGCAUUACAAUUACAUUUCUGUGGCCAAUCAUGCUUUUGUCUAAUUUGGGAGGAAUUAUGGAAAAAUGUGUUUUGGAAGUAGUUGGCAUUUCUGCAUUUUUGUGCUCCAGUUUCUCAAUAAAUCCAGAUGUUUAA